UCUUUUAACACUCAAAACAAACCAAUUAUCAACCUCCGAUCCACCACCGCCAUGGCUUCACCACCACCACCACCACCACCCUCCGCCGCCGCCGUCAAUCCAUCAAAUCACCACCACCUCCACCCCGUCCAGGUCAAAACCUCCUCCCCACGCUUCCCACCUUCCCCCGCCACCCCAAACUCCAUCUCCGCCAUCUCCCCCUCCUCCCGCCGCAUCGCGAUCGCCGUCGACCUCAGCGACGAGAGCGCCUACGCCGUCAAAUGGGCCGUCGAGAACUACCUCCGCCCCGGCGACACCGUGAUCCUCCUCCACGUCCGCUCCACCUCCGUCCUGUACGGCGCCGACUGGGGCUCCUCCACCCCCACCACCGCCACCGCCUCCACCAACAACCCCUUCUCCAAGACCUCCCCGCAGCAGAUGGAGGAGGACUACGACAACUUCACCGCCGCCAAGGCCAACCACCUUGCCCAGCCGCUCGUGGAGGCGCACGUGCCGGUCAAGAUCCACAUCGUCAAGGACCACGAUAUGAAGGAGCGGCUCUGCCUGGAGGUUGAACGGCUGGGAUUGAGCGCCGUCAUUAUGGGGAGCCGUGGGAUUGGUGCUUCGCGGCGGAGCAGCAAAGGCAGGCUUGGUAGCGUCAGCGAUUACUGCGUGCAGCACUGCGCUUGUCCGGUGGUGGUGGUUCGGUAUAAUAAUCACGACGAUAAAUCCGAGGCGGCGGCGGCGGCGGAGGAGAAGGAGGUGGAGGAAUUUCACGAUGCCGAUGAUCAACAAAAGUGAUGAAAGGUUUCUCUCUCUCAUUUUACCCCCCACUUCUUUUUCUUUUUUUCUUUUUUGCCCCCAUAAAUUUG